CCCCCAGAGCUCCGUGAAGCUCGACCCCCAGAGCUCCGUGAAGCUCGGCCCCCAGGAGCUCCGUGAAGCUCGGCCCCCAGAGCUCCGUGAAGCUCGACCCCCAGAGCUCCGUGAAGCUCGGCCCCCAGGAGCUCCGUGAAGCUCGGCCCCCAGAGCUCCGUGAAGCUCGGCCCCCAGGAGCUCCGUGAAGCUCGGCCCCCAGAGCUCCGUGAAGCUCGGCCCCCAGGAGCUCCACAGAUCACACCUCCUCCGGGUGGAAGGAGCUGCGGCUGCAUUCCGCUCUCGUUGCGUGUCCGCCACCUGCGCCAUGGUCUGGUCGGCUCUACUUUGCCACCCGGUCUGGGUCGCGUUCACGGCGCUGCUGGCCUUCGUGGUGCGCGUGCAGCGCAGAGGUCCGUGGCUCCCGCGAGCCUGCCCCGUGCGCCUGAGGGGGAAGACGGCCGUGGUGACCGGAGCCAACACAGGGAUUGGGAAGUUCAUAGCCUUGGACUUUGCCCGUCGGGGGGCUCGUGUUAUUCUGGCCUGUCGCAGCGAAGCCCGUGGCACCGCGGCACUGAAGGAGAUCAGGGACAAGACCGGGAACGCUGACGUCCACCUGCGCCUGGUGGACCUGUCUUCUCUGGACUCGGUCCGGGGGUUUGCAGAGAGGAUCCUAGCAGAGGAGGAAGCUCUCCACAUCCUCGUCAACAAUGCGGGCGUAUCAGGUUUACCCAAACAGAUAACCAAAGACGGGUUGGAGGUUUCUUUUGCCACCAACCACCUGGGCCCGUUUCUGCUCACGAACCUGCUGCUGGACCUCAUGAAGCGCUCUGCUCCGGCGCGCAUCGUCACCCUCGCCUCGGUCAACCACAAGAAGGGUCAAGUGGACUUCUCUCAUUUUCAUGGAGAGAACCUCACUUAUCACAUGGACGCCAUCUACAACCACACCAAGCUGCACAACGUCAUCUGCACCAAGGAGCUGGCCCGCAGGCUGGAAGGGACAGGUGUCACAGCUAACUCGGUCCACCCCGGUAUCGUCAUGACUGAAGUCUUGAGGCAUUAUCCGUUCACGGUGCGGGUCAUUUUCAACCUGGUUGGAUUCUUCUUCUUCAAGUCUGCAGAGGAGGGGGCAGCCAGCUCCAUCUACUGCUCCGUGGCCGAGGAGAUGGAGGGCAUCACGGGGAAGUACUGUGACAGCGACUGCAGCCUGGUCCUGCCCGCCCCUCUAGCUCGAGACGCGGCCCUCGGGGUCAAGGACUUCGAGAUCAGCGAGAGGCUGACGGCUAAGCUCUGACUAUCGGGAUCAUGGAGGCUUGAUAACCGGAAGGGGCUCAACGUCACCUCUUGAACAUUUCUGACAUACGACCAGAUGUUUCUGAACGCACAAAGGAAUGUGGUAUAUUGGCUUUAAUCGCUGAUUGUCGUUCCUGAAUGUUUUCUCCUUUUAGAAUGAAGUGUGACUUUUAGUUCAUGUGAAUGAGUGAGACAUGCUGACGCCAUGCGGCCAGCUCAUGCUUCUUCAGAAAUGACCACACAGGUUCCACCAUGAGACACAAUCACUUCCCUUUAUUGAUUCUUUAACACACAAUAAAACAUUUGAGCAUUCA